ACACACUCUCUCUCUCUCUCUCUCUCUCACACACACACACACACACACACAUCUCCCACUCCGUUCAGUUUCAGUGUCUGCAGUUCCUGAUUCUCUUCUCUGAGCUUGAAGCUCUCCAAGGCACAGGCAUUUGCAUAAGUUAUUAUCGGCUAUAAAGGAGCGACAGGAGCGUUCACUCAGCUGAUGAAGGAGACAGGCUGAGCGCGUAAUUCGCAUCGAGAGGGUGCCGUAAAUUAUUCUCAGAGUCUGCGAUCGAUUCUGAAUCGGAUGAGAAUCCUUUUUUUUUUGCCCUACUGCUUCAUACCGUAGUGUUCGGGAAACUAGCUCCAGAUAACUAAAGCCAUGGACCCCAACAGCGUGCGUUUCCUCUAGAGACAGCAGGACCCGAACCGACAGACAGGUGCAUCCCUCACCUCGGAGCUCUCCUGUGGAUUAUCUCUGACCUGAUUCAGUGGGUUAAGGAAGCCUACCUAUUGACAGAGAAAGAAAUUCCAGCCAUGACUGUCUAGCACCAGGUUUCUGUCACCAAGUCACCAGAUAGACCACAACAAAGCCAUUACCUUGUGGAACUUUGGUUUCUGUCAGACCAGCAGUGGCUCACACAAAGAAGAUCAACAGCUGCUCUGGAGAUCUGAUCAUCCUGAACCAUGCAUCUCAGCCCCCGAACCCUCUGUUUCCUUUUCCCUUUCCUUUUUCUUAUCUCUUUCUCUGUCCCAUCUAAUGCUGGCUCCCAUGACCUAACCUCUUCCAGAGCCAACUGUUCUCAAGGCGAUGUCUGCACUGAGGGAGUGAUUUUACCAGUGUGGAACCCCCAAAAUCCCUCAGUGGGUGACAAGGUGGCUCGUGCCAUUGUCUACUUUGUAGCCAUGGUGUAUAUGUUCCUAGGGAUGUCGAUUAUUGCAGAUCGCUUUAUGUCUUCGAUCGAGGUAAUCACCUCCCAAGAAAAAGAAAUCACCAUCAAGAGACCCAAUGGUGAGACCUGCACGGCAACAGUGCGCAUCUGGAAUGAGACCGUCUCCAACUUAACCCUUAUGGCUCUUGGAUCUUCAGCUCCUGAGAUCCUGCUUUCAGUCAUCGAGGUGUGUGGGCACAAUUUUGAGGCUGGAGAUCUUGGCCCAAGCACCAUAGUGGGAAGCGCUGCCUUUAACAUGUUUGUCAUCAUUGGCCUCUGCGUUUAUGUGGUGCCUGAUGGUGAGACCAGGAAGGUCAAGCACCUGCGAGUCUUCUUUGUGACAGCGGCAUGGAGUGUAUUUGCCUAUGUUUGGCUCUAUGUCAUCCUCUGUGUGGUGUCCCCUGGCGAGGUGGCGAUCUGGGAGGCUGUGCUCACCUUCCUAUUUUUCCCCGUGUGCGUAGUGCAGGCGUGGAUUGCUGAUCGGCGCCUCUUCUUCUACAAGUACAAUCGCAAGCACUAUCGUGUCGACAAAAGCCACGGCAUUGUGGUGGAAACAGAAGGGGAUGAAACAGCGAAAGAGACAGCCUUCAAUAAAAUGGACAUUUUGGAGCUUGAUGGCAUGGCAGCUCACCUGGAUGGAAUGCUGGGGGGAGAGGAUGGACUUGGAGGACGUGAUCAUGAGGACGAGGCCAGAAGAGAUAUGGCCAAGACACUAAAAGAGCUCAAGCAGAGACAUCCAGAUAAAGACAUGGAGCAACUUAUAGAGAUGGCCAACUAUCAGGUGCUGAUGCAGCAGCAGAAGAGCCGAGCAUUUUAUCGCAUUCAAGCGACACGGAUGAUGACCGGAGCAGGAAACAUUCUGAAGAAGCAUGCAGCUGAUCAGGCCCGGAAGGUGGUGAGCAGUGGAGAGACGAGGGAGCAGGAGGACGAUCCCUACACCACAUGCCUGGAGUUUGAACCUGCACUCUACCAGUGCUUUGAAAACUGUGGCCUGCUAAAACUCACAGUAGUGAGACAUGGGGGAGAUGCAGGGUGCACUGUAAAGGUUGACUUUCGGACAGAAGACGGCACUGCCAAUGCUGGCUCUGAUUAUGAAUUUGCUGAGGGCACUUUGGUGUUCAAGCCUGGAGAGACCCUUAAAGAACUGACUGUGGGCAUAAUCGAUGAUGACAUCUUUGAAGAGGACGAGUAUUUCUACGUGCACCUGAGCAACCCACGCAUUGUGGGUGGGACUGAUGGUCAUGUGCUGGAUGGGGCUGCUCCGGCUCUGAAGGCAGCUCUGGGUGAGGCUCACACGGCCACGGUGACCAUCUACGAUGAUGACCAUGCUGGAAUUUUCACAUUUGAGAGCGAGUCGACACGGGUCAGUGAGAGUGUGGGCAUCAUGCAGGUGAAGGUCCAGAGGACAUCUGGAGCUCGGGGUCUUGUCGCUGUCCCAUACCGCACUAUUGAUGGUACGGCCCGUGGUGGAGAAGACUAUGAGGAGACUGCUGGAAAACUGGAGUUCAAAAAUGAUGAGACCAUGAAGAUUAUUGAAGUAAAGAUCAUUGAUGAUGAGGAGUAUGAGAAAAACAAAAGCUUCAUUAUUGAAUUGGGCGAGCCGCUUCUUCUGGAGAUUGGACAGAAACAUGGUGAUUCCAAUGAGAACAAGCCAGCUGUGGGAGCAGAGGAAGAAGUAGCUAAGAUGGGAUGUCCCAGUCUGGGAGACCACACCAGGCUGGAAGUGGUGAUUGAGGAAUCCUAUGAGUUUAAGAGCACAGUGGAUAAGCUCAUUAAAAAGACCAAUCUGGCUCUGGUAGUUGGCAGCAGCAGCUGGAGGGAGCAGUUUGUCAGUGCAGUGACGGUGAGCGCAGGUAAUGACGAUGAGGAAGAGAGUGGUGAAGAGCGCCUUCCCUCCUGCUUCGACUACAUCAUGCAUUUCCUUACAGUCUUCUGGAAGGUUCUGUUCGCGUUUGUGCCACCUACUGAGUACUGGAACGGCUGGGCGUGUUUCAUUGUAUCAAUCUGUUUGAUUGGCGUUUUAACAGCAGUGACAGGGGAUUUGGCCUCACACUUUGGUUGCACCAUCGGCUUGAAGGACUCCGUUACCGCCGUGGUGUUCGUUGCACUGGGCACAUCAGUACCAGACACCUUUGCCAGUAAGGUGGCUGCCAUUCAGGACCAGUAUGCUGACGCUUCUAUUGGAAAUGUGACUGGCAGUAAUGCAGUGAACGUGUUCCUGGGCAUCGGUGUGGCUUGGACCAUUGCUGCAGUGUACUGGCAAAGCCAAGGCAAAAAAUUCUUUGUAGACCCAGGCUCACUGGCAUUCUCUGUCACACUCUUCACUGUGCUGUGUGUGGUGUGUGUGAGCGUGUUGCUGUAUCGCCGGCGCCCCUCGGUGGCUGGAGGAGAACUCGGUGGCCCACGGACUUGCAAACUGGUGACUUCGUUCUUUUUCCUCGGUCUUUGGUUUAUUUACAUUUUGCUGGCCUCACUGGAAGCAAACUGCCACAUUCCUGGAUUCUGAGACAGAGAUAGAGCAUGUAAAGAGACUUUAAGUUUACUUUUCCCACUAGAUAAGCAGUAACGUUUUAGUAUUUAAAUGAACUGUGAGUGUCAUGUUCUACUACCCCCAAUCCUCUCGGUUCUCUGAAGAUGUACCUUACUGUGGAUUGUUUUAUCCCUUUGCCUUACUCUAAGACCUCUAAAAUUGUCUAUUCCAGUAACCAAUGAGCCUUUUCUCUUCCCCUCCUUCCUGUAUGAGCCAAUUCAAAACUCCCAUUUCAGAUAGAAGGAUGAUGUUUUUCUACUCUUUUUGAAUGGCGUCAAGUGUCAGUAUUGUUAUCGUGUCAUUGUCAUUACGGUAUUUUCAAAUAGACAUUCGGGCCAAUGGCCCACUAUACACGUUCAAAAUCGCAAGAAAGUCGUACGAAAAAGCAGAGGACGUGGACAGAUAAUAAGCAGGUCCUUUAAAGGAAGAUGCACACUGAGAACAUCCUAAGUCUGGACUCACAAAUGCAACGUAAAAAACCAUGAGACAGGUUUAAAAAUGAUUUGGCUGGUGCUGAAGAUUACAUACUAUUUAAAAUUGUAUGAGCCGGAUUUGCUAAACCUCCUGAAACCCGGUCGGAUAAACAAGAGGAUUUCCAGUGAAGAGUUCCCACUGACAUAUUAAGCUAAUUUAGUCCAAGGACAUUUUUUGUUGUUUUUUUGUCUGACAGGCUCGUACCUGAAGCUUGAGCAUGCCGUGAGGAAGAAAGAGCCGAGUUAUGCAGUGAUGAUAUAUAUGGUCAGUAGGAGGUGGCAUUCACAGCAUGGACACCACCCACAACACGCCAAAGGGAGAAGUGUUACUAUGGAAAUCCUGAACAGAAACAGGAAAUGACCUUUGCUAUGUGUGUUCAGUGCAUGUACACAUGCUCUGUUCCUGCUUGUGUGUCUACACGGACUCAAUGAUGAUGAUGAUGAUGAUUAUUAUUAUUAUUAUUAUUAUUAUUAUUGUUAUUAUUAUUAUUUUAUAUUGAUGACUUUGUUCUUUCAUGUCCAAGCCCUGUGGUACUGUACGUUAUCGGUCGUCACUGUGUUUUCUGUGGUCACGGUCUGUAUUUGUUACAGCUGGCUUUACUCUGUGCUGUAAAGAUAAAGUGUCUGUAACUAUUUGUCUAGUGAUUGAAUAGGAGCAGGACAAAGAAACAGGGGAAGUUAUGACUACUUCCUCCUUCUCUUCCUUCUCCUCCUCCUCUCCUCGUAUCUCUGUAUUUCUGUGCUCAGGAUAGUCAUCCAUCACCGCGUAGAAAUGGAGACAGGGGGAAAAAGAAAUGAGUGUGACAGAUUUAGUACUUGUGCAGAUCUUUAGCUAUUCUAAGUAGCUACUGAUGCUUGAUCCAUUGUUUUGAGUGAUAGAAUGCGUGCGUGAGGUAUUUUUAGCUAUUCCUGUUGCUAGGCGACCAUUGUGGAGUCAUUGUCUCAUGUGUAUGCUCGUGUAUUUGUGUGUUGAGCGCCUUAUAAGGUAGAUACUUUUCUUUCUGGCUGUCUGGUUGCUCUUAAUAAAUUGGCGUUCCAAACCCAAAGCAUCCCGAAGCAGAGAUAAGUGUAAUAAUUGCAUUCCAUAUCCAGAUAGCCGGAGUGUAAGUGUGUGAGAGAGAGUGAGAAACACAGAGAGAGACAGACUGAGAUUGCUUGUGAAUUGCUUGUGAUUAAUUAUUUAGAAAACCAAGUGAUCAGGAGAAAGUAGCUUUAGAGCAGUUACGAUUGUAUGUUUCACACACAAUUUUAAAGUAUGUGAUGUGUGUGUGUGUGUGUGUGUGUGUGUGUGUGUGUGUGUGUGUGUGUUCGCUUUUCUCUUCCUGGCCUAUUAAUUUUACUUAGGUACUGACUCACAGAAUUGCAUCUUGACAGGCAUAAUGCAGAAGGCACACACACAUUCAUACAGAUCAACCCUUAACAUCUCACCGUACAGACAUCAUUCCACACAUCUGACACACAGAAACAUUUUCCAAGACUCCUCUCUUUAUGUGCAUGGACACACUAACUUGCGUGCAGACACACACACACAUUUCCGUUCGAUCAGAAGUGAUUCAGCUGCAGUAAACAGUAGGUUCAACUACUUGGUCAUUCCUGCUAAAAAAGGGUAGUGCAUUUGCAGCUUUCUUUGCGUGAUUUGUUUUAAUGUACUCUGAUUCUAGCAAUAUUUUGUUUUUAGCAGUAAUUAAUUUGAGUUAUUUAUGUAUGAGUGGGCGGGUCUAUGGGGUGUAUUAUGUAUUUAAUGAUGUGGAGCAUGUCCAAAAGCAAAAAUAGCAAAGGUCCCCAGGAAGCUUUUAUGUCACACACUGUGCAUGUUUGUAUUUGUGUGUGUGUGUGUGUGUGUGUGUGUGUGUGCUAUCCAUGAAUUAACCAUACCUACAUGUUUAUGUUCAUUUCAUCACCCAGUCUUGUUUUUCCUCCUGACCUGCUCUCUGCUCCAAAGCUCUUGAGUAUUUCAUUCAUUUCUCUUUGCUUUUAUUCACAGCGUGUUCCCAUCCAAGAGUCAUCAAGUGCUUUUCAUCGGUGUAGAUCUCAUUAAGAAUUUAUCCGUUUAUCUGCCUCCUUGUUUGCCCGUUUAAUUCGAGUUGCUCAUUUCGUGCUCUGAGAUCCGGCCUCGUGCGGGAGCUUCUGUGUGUAUGAGUGAGGAUUGUGUGCAGGUCAUCUAGAGACCUUGUUUGCUUGCAGCAUUUGCAUGUUUCAUCAUCUUUAACCUUGUUCAUCUUCAAGUGUGCUUCUAGAAAAUGUCAGCUCAAGAUAUUUUUAAACCGUAAGUGAGUUAUGAAAGUUGUUUACAAAGACAUUACACUUUCUUCAAAAAAAUCUGAAUUAAAAUUUGAAAAGCGCCCUGA